AUGGAGAGGAGAAAUCAAACGGCACUGAAGGAGUUCAUCAUUCUGGGGUUUUCCAGCCUCCGGGAGGUGCGGCUUUUACUCUUCAUGGGCUUUUUGACCACUUACGUCUUCACCCUGCUCGGGAACACCUUCAUCAUUGUCCUCGCCUGGCUGGACCAGCGACUCCACACGCCCAUGUAUUUCUUCCUGGCCAACCUAUCCUUUCUGGACAUCUGUUAUACCACCACCACUGUCCCCCAGAUGUUGGUUCAUCUCCUCUCCGAGAGGAGCACCAUCUCCUACAUGGGCUGCGGGCUGCAACUUUUCUUCUUCUUCUCCUUUGUGGGCACCGAGUGCCUCCUGCUGGCAGUGAUGGCCUUUGACCGCUACGUGGCCAUUUGCAACCCACUGCGUUACACGCUGAUCGUCAACAAAACCAUCUGCCUCUGGCUGUCCACUGCUUCCUGGGUAAGCGGCUUCCUCAACUCGACAGUCCAUACGAUCUUCGCCUUCCAGUUGCCCUUCUGUGGGGACAACCGUAUCGACUACUUCUUCUGUGAUAUCCCGCCGCUUCUUGAGCUGUCGUGCGGGGACACCUCCCUCAACAAACUCCUCAUCAUCUUCAUCGGCCUCUUCAUAGCUUGGGCCCCCUUCGCCUGCAUCCUUCUCUCCUACACUUACAUCCUCUCAACCAUACUGAAGAUGCCUUCUUCCAAGGGAAAGAAGAAGGCAUAUUCCACCUGCUCAUCCCACCUGACGGUGGUGAUUCUCUACUAUGGCAGUUGUAUCUUCACUUACCUGAGACCCAGUUCCAGUUACUCACCAGAUAGCACCAGACUGAUCUCAUUGAUGUACAGCAUCUUAACGCCGAUGCUAAACCCAGUCAUUUAUACCCUGCGGAACAAGGACGUGAAAGAGGCUUUGAAAAAUGUUCUGCUUAGGACAUGA